GGCGUUCGACCCGACAAAUACACAUUGCUGAAAGUCCACUAAACUAAAAACUCCAUUGACGCUUGCUCCUGCUUACUCCAUUUGAAGCAAGCAAGAAACUGAAAUCUGGGCAGUCUGGCAAAGUUUACUUUGUCAUGAACUGCCUGUCGCAACUGUCAUCGUACACUGCUGCUUUGAUUGCGAGGACCUCUUACUUCGUUACCAAACGUUCUCUGUAUGGAUGUUCUGCCUCCGCGUGGAAGAGGAAGUUAGAGCAUCCUGUUAUUAGGUCUGCCCAUUUAGAAUUUGUCCUCACAAGGUUUCGUGUUCAGUGCUAUUCAUCUAGAAAAGGCCGCAAAUCUGCUUCUAAAUUGCAGAAGCUAGAGCCUGAAUUAGUGAUGGAGCAAGAAAAGGAUGCUUUUUUUGUUGUCCGUAAAGGGGACAUUGUUGGUGUCUAUAAAAGUCUCAUUGAAUGUCAGGCUCAAGUUGGAACUUCCAUAUGCAAUCCUCCUGUUAGUGUGUACAAGGGAUACUCCUUGCCUAAGGAUGCUGAGGAUCACCUUUUCUCGCAUGGGCUAAAGAAUGCUUUAUAUACUGUAAGAGCCGCUGAUUUGAGUGAUGAUGUAUUGGGUACUCUUGCUCCUUGUCUCUUCCAGGAUCCAGCUUCUUCUGAGGCAGGCACAUCAAGCUAUGCUGCAUCUAAAAAGAGAUCUUUGGGUGUGCUUGGACAAGAAAAUGUGGAGGAAGGAAUUGGUCUGAGAUUCCCCUCUGAAGAACCAUUGAAAAAACAAGUGAAGUAUCAUUCUGCUGUGGCUCAAGUAUCAUCAUCCGAAUUGCGGACUUGUAUCCUUGAGUUUGAUGGUGCAUCAAAAGGAAAUCCUGGAAAAGCUGGUGCAGGGGCUAUUCUGCGCAGGAGUGAUGGGAGUUUGAUUUGUAGGUUGCGUGAAGGUGCGGGUUUUGCAACCAACAAUGCUGCUGAAUAUCGUGCUUUAAUAUUGGGAAUGAAAUAUGCACUUCAAAAGGGGUUUACUGGUAUUCAUAUCCAAGGUGACUCCAAGCUUGUUUGCAUGCAGAUUGACGGUUUAUGGAAGGUCAAGAAUGAGAGCAUGUCUAAGUUGUAUAAGGUGGCAAAAGAACUCAAGGAUAAAUUUUUAUCAUUCCAGAUUACUCAUGUUCUAAGGAAUUUUAACUCAGAAGCUGAUGCUCAAGCAAACCUGGCCGUCAAUCUUGCUGAUGGCCAAGUCCAAGAAGUGCAAGAUUAGGUCAAAACAUCGAAUCAUGAAAUCCGGUGACUAUAUUGUGGGUGACCUGGUUAUCUGACAAUCAAAACCUUAGAAUGAAUAUAUAUAUAUAUAUAUAUAUAUUUUGGGUCCUUUGUCACUGGAAUGAUUUAUAGUUCGGUUGGUGGUUAAAAAUGGCUUGUCCACUGGGGUACCAACCAUCCUGAAAUUGAGGCGCCGAAUGUUCCUUUGAUUUUUCUUACAGGGAAUCAAUCCCUAUAUGUUGAAUUUUCUGAUUUGAUUUGCUAUCUAGUUCUACUUAGUUUUGUUAGAGGGAAUAAAUCCCAUUAAGUUGAAUUUUCUGGUUAUUGGCACUGCAAGCAUAACUCUUGUCGUCCUUGUAUUGUUUUAUGAUUUCUUUUUAAAUGUACUUUUAAUGUAUAGAAUUACAUACAUUAUUGAAACAA